CCUUAUGUGAGUCCCUCACCGAGGAUCGGUCCCGUGGAGUGUGCCCGCUAUGGCGAGUAACAGCGGCUCCUGUUCCACGCCAGGGAGCGGGCAUCUCAACAGCUACUCGAUACCUCACUACGCUUUCUUCUUCCCGCACAUGAUUGGGGGCCUGUCACCGCCGGGGACUUUGCCAGGGAUGCAACACCAGCUGCCGGUCAGUGGGUACAGCACACCAUCACCAGCCACUAUUGAAACACAAAGCACCAGCUCAGAGGAGAUUGUGCCCAGUCCCCCUUCGCCGCCCCCUCUGCCCCGGAUCUACAAACCCUGUUUUGUGUGCCAGGAUAAGUCCUCCGGCUACCACUAUGGGGUCAGUGCCUGCGAAGGAUGCAAGGGUUUCUUCCGACGCAGCAUCCAGAAGAACAUGGUGUACACUUGCCACCGCGACAAGAAUUGCAUCAUCAACAAAGUGACGCGAAACCGUUGUCAGUACUGCCGCCUGCAGAAGUGCUUCGAAGUUGGCAUGUCCAAGGAGUCCGUCCGGAAUGACCGGAACAAGAAGAAGAAAGACACUCCCAAGCAGGAAUGUUCAGAGAGCUACGUCAUCACUCCGGAGGUGGAGGAUCUCAUCGAGAAAGUGCGAAAGGCCCACCAGGAGACCUUCCCCGCCCUCUGCCAGUUGGGAAAGUACACCACAAAUAACAGUUCGGAUCAGCGGGUGUCUCUCGACAUUGACCUGUGGGACAAGUUCAGUGAACUGUCCACGAAGUGUAUCAUCAAGACAGUCGAAUUUGCCAAGCAGUUGCCAGGUUUUACCACGCUCACCAUCGCCGACCAGAUCACGCUCCUCAAAGCAGCCUGCCUCGAUAUCCUGAUCCUGCGGAUAUGCACACGCUACACCCCGGACCAGGACACCAUGACUUUCUCAGAUGGCCUGACGCUCAACCGCACUCAGAUGCACAACGCGGGCUUCGGGCCCCUCACGGACCUGGUCUUUGCCUUUGCCAACCAGCUGCUGCCGCUCGAGAUGGACGAUGCCGAGACGGGCCUUCUCAGCGCCAUCUGCCUCAUAUGUGGGGAUCGGCAAGACCUGGAACAGCCAGACCGAGUGGACAAGUUGCAGGAGCCGCUGCUGGAAGCCCUGAAAAUCUACGUGAGGAAGCGGAGGCCCAGCAAGCCCCACAUGUUCCCCAAAAUGCUCAUGAAAAUUACAGACCUGCGGAGCAUUAGCGCAAAGGGUGCUGAACGCGUGAUCACGUUGAAAAUGGAGAUCCCUGGAUCUAUGCCUCCCCUCAUCCAGGAGAUGUUGGAGAACUCUGAGGGCAUGGACACUUUGGGGGCCGCGACGGGAGCCCCCUCCCGCAUAGGCAGCUUAGCCCCACCUCCCGGCAGCUGCAGCCCCAGCCUCUCGCCCAGUUCCAACAGAAGCAGUCCCGCCACGCAUUCGCCGUGACCAU